AUGCACACAUCAUCUGAACAAAAUGUGUACAUUGGAGAACAAGCGAACUCAUUCACAGACCAAACUACCAGUCGGAGAUUUAAUCGUCCUCCCAUAGAUCAACCUUUACAAUAUAACAAUCUGACAUCUCAUUCAAUGAAUUUUAACAGAAUGCUCAAUCAUGGAAUACCAAUACCAGUGUCUGGAACAUGGCAUCCAUCGGAAUUCAGACAACCCGAAUAUUUAGUUCUUCAACCUACACCUAAAAGACGACGAACUUCGUCUGGAUCAACAGGACUCUCUCGCCGUUAUUGUACACCUAGAAAUGGUAAUCUUUCCGGUGGCUUACCAAUGCAUUCAUCCAGAAAUCUUUCUCAUAUGUCUGAAAUAGCUGAUCAUCAUUUUAUCAGAUCGUUAGAUUCACGUAAUUCCGAAAACAUUUGCCAAAGAAAUAUUUUUGUGAAUGCCCAUCCGAUACAUCAGCACUGGCCUCAUGUAUUGCCAACAUCUCAACAAUCUAACCGUUGGCAUAAUGAACUUCAACAAGUUACCAGUUUGGUAUCUGUCGCUGCUGUCGCAGCCGCCGCAGCAGCUGCUGCUACACAGAACAGUACACACUACCAACAGUCUUUCAUAUCACCAACUACAACUGUCAGCUUCUCAGAGAUACCUUGUUCUAGCAGUCAACAUUAUGUUAAUAUCAUGCCACAAACUGCUAGAGGAUUUAAUUCAUCAAGAUCUACUUUUGCCAAGCGUCCAAGUUAUCAAUUUUCAUUUCCUAAUGGGAUUGGAAGUACUAAAAGACGAUCAAAUUUCUCGGAACCUAAUGAAACUCAUGAUCAAAUUCCAAUCACCACCUCCUGUUCUAACAACUCAAAUCCGAAUGCAUCGAAUACUACUUCAUCAUCAACAACACCUCAUUGUAAUAUUGAAAACAGCAUACCAUUCACAUCAUCAUCAUCUCAUUUUUCUCAUCCUGAAUUGAAUGGAUCCAAUACAAGCUUUGUAUUAUCAUCAAUUCCUCAAACAGAAGAACAGCAACACCAACAACAAGAAGAAGAAGCCACAGUUGUAGCAGCAGCAGCAGUUGUCGCCUCUGCUGCAGCUCAUGCAGUUGCUGCCGCUGCUCAAGCUGUCUCUGCUGCUGUUCAUCAUCGACGAGCAUCAGCAUCAUCAGCAUCAACGUCAUCAUCAACAUCAUCAGAUCAAGCAUUUUCAUCAUCCCAAUUGACUGAAUCUCUUCUACAACAUACAACAACUAUACCUAAUCAAUCCAUUAUUCAUCAUCCUCUUAUGCAUUGUUGUUCAUUGCCAUCUCCUGUUGAAUGUGGCAGUAAUUAUCCUUUGACAAAUCAAUUGAUUACUCCUGAUUUAUAUCAUAAUGAAUAUAGCAGUAGUAGUAGUAGUAGUAGUAGUAGUAGUGGUGUUGGUAGCAGUAGUAGUAGUUGUAGUAGUAGUAGUCUGUUACAUGAGCAUGAAUUAAACUAUAGACAAUCUCAAUUAUUAGCUAAUUUAUCUUCAUCGCAAUCUACUUUGAAUCCAACAAAUUUAUUAUAUUCAUCUAUGUCUAUUGAUGAUAAUAGAAAUGAUCAUUUAAAUUGUAAUUCAACAAUCAAUUUACACAUUCCAAAUAUUUGCACAGGUCUUAGCCAACUUGCAUCGUCUUCCAUGCUACAUUCAAUUAUACCAGCUUUCUCCACUUCCAAUGGUUUAACUCUUAUUCGAAGUACUAAUGAAUUUAUCAAUGCUUCAUAUCCAAUAGCAACAGUUGCACGUAUUACAACAACAAAUGAACCUGAUAACAAUUAUGAAUUCACUAUGCAUACUUCCAGAUUUACUGGAUCACAUCUACCAAGAUCACCACAUUUCAUUACUACACCAUUACAAUUCUCAAAUAACAUUGAAUCAACUUUACUGAAUGGUAAUUUUUCAAAUCCUAUGCAUCAUCAUCCAUCUCUUCAUCAUCAAUCAUCUGUCUAUCCAAAUUUAACUACAAUGGCUACAGAAGUUGCCGCUGCUGCGGCUGCUGUUGCUUUAGCUGCAAAUCAUUCAUCGUCAUUCUCGUCCUUGUCGUCGUCAUCGUCUUCUUCUUCAUCAUCACCAUCAUCUGUUGUUGUCAGUCAAUGUACUACUACUGAUCAUAGUCAAAUAAAUUUCUUACCAAAUAAUAUUGUCAGUUUAACAUGUGGUUCAUCGAAUAAUAAUCCAUCAUUUACUCCAUAUUUACCUCCAUCAUUUUCUUCUGUAACACCAAUACCUCUGCUACCAUUAAGAUCACCACCACCACCACCACCACAAUUAUCAAUUAUUGGAUCAUCUACAUUGGCUACAACUCGUGGAGUUAAUACACUGUUACAAUUUCUUCGAUUAAUUCAUCAAAGACCUGAUUCUUAUGCAUUACCCUACUAUCCUUCCGCCAUGACGGCUACAGCUGGUGGGUCUAACCAAAGUGUUGUUGUCAGUGCUUCAGCGGGAAUAGCUAAUGGAACUCGGGUUGCGUCAGCUGUUACACCACCUCUGGUACCACAUCAUCCGAUUGUUCCAAUUCAGACAUCACUUUUAUCCACUUAUACAGAAGGAGGUCGUCGUAUUGUUACACGAGCUGAUAAUUUACUAAUUGAUAAUCAACAGUCAUCAAUUUCAUCAGUUGGUGUUCAACCGAUUACUUCAGCUGCUGCUGCAUUAGCCGCUGCUAUGGCUGCAGCUGUUGCAUUGCAACAACAAAAUCAUCGACAUCCAUCAUCAAAUGCUGUCUCUAUGCUUACACCAUCUAGAGCUGCACCUACCACACCUUCAAUACCGGUUCCAAUAUUACAUGCUCAUUUAUAUUAUCCUAGAAAUGUAGCCACUGUACAACAAUUGCAUAAUGCACAUCAACAAUGCUAUCAUAGUCAUUAUGGUGGUGUACAACAUCAAAAUAGUGCUUCUCAAAGAUCUUCUGCUUCAACAACAAUGUCUAAUGUAUCAUCAACAAGUGGUUGUUUGCCAAUUAGUCCAGUGAAUUCAUUAUUUGUAGCUUCUAGUGUUGGUGUUGGUGUUGGUGCUGUCACAACGUCACCAGCAUGUUUGACGAAUUUAUUUCCAUUUUUAUUGGCUGUCCCUGCAGUUCCUGCACCAUCACCAGCACCACCACCGCCUACACUGCCACUGCCACUAUCCUCUGUUUCAAUCAACAAUGCAUCAUCGAUUGCAAAUUUCGCUGUCAGUGAUUUGUCUGAAACAUUGUAUGCUCAUUAUAGCGCUGCUGCGGCUGUUGCCGCCGCCGCCGCUGCAGCUGAUCAAUCUACUGGAUUUUCACAUGGAAAUCCGAUUUUGCCUCAAACAGUUUCAGAUCCAACUUCAGCAGCUACUGCCGCCGCUGCGGCUGCAGCUGUUGCAGCUGCUGCUGCAGCGGCUAGUGUCGACACAUUGUUACAUUUAGCUGUCCAACUGGAAUCGAACAAUGGUCGUGGUCUUAGUAAAGAAGAAUUAGAUAGUUUACCUAUUCGUUUGUAUACUUUGAAAACUUCGGAAAAUCUAUUCAUUAAUAAUGAUCAACAAAACACUAAUGUGAUUUGUAAUGAUGAAUUAAACAAUAAUACACAGAAUGAUGAUUCACCUGAAAGUGAUCGAUGUAUGAUUUGUUUAGAUGAUUAUAUAGAGAGUCAACAAAUUCGUCAAAUGCGUUGUUUGCAUGAAUUUCAUGCAAAUUGUGUAGAUAAAUGGUUAAAGACUAAACGUACAUGUCCUUUAUGUCGUGCUGAUGCAUUCACUGGAAGUCAAUCGAAAGAUGAUUACUUUUAA